AUGAAUCCGCUCUAUCAAUUCCUCGUACUUCUAAUCACUUCCUCCCUCUCUCUUCAUCCCAUUUCCACAAUCCAAAUCCUAUCAAAAUCCAAACUUGUAAAGUGUGAAAAAACUUCUGAUUCCAUUGACAACCUCAAUUGCACCCAAAAGGUUGUUAUUGACUUAGCAGUCCCCAAUGAAUCAAGUGGGAGGGAGGCUUCAAUGGUAGCCGAGAUUGUUGAAGUGGAAGAGAAUUCAAGUAGCAACAUGAGGACUCUCAGGGUCCCACCUGUGAUUACUGUUAACAAAUCUGCUGCCUAUGUUUUAUACGAGUUGACUUAUAUAAGAGAUGUUGCUUACAAGCCGGUGGAGUAUUAUGUUCAGACUCGUAAAUGUGAGCCAGAUGCUGGGGCAGAUGUCGUGCAGAUAUGUGAGAGGUUGCGAGAUGAGAAAGGGCAUAUCAUUGAGCACACUCAGCCUACCUGUUGCCCUUGUGGAGACCAGCGUAGGGUGCCUUCUUCCUGCGGAAACUUUUUUGACAAGAUGAUAAAAGGGAAGGCAAACACAGCACAUUGUCUUCGGUUUCCAGGUGAUUGGUUCCAUGUAUUUGGUGUUGGACAGAGCUCAGUUGGAUUUACUAUACAAGUCGAAGUUAAGACGAGAUCUAGAAUAUCAGAAGUGAUAUUGGGUCCUGAAAAUAGAACUGCAACAUCAAGUGAUAAUUUUCUGAAGGCUAAUCUUGUUGGAGAUUAUGUUGGUUACACAAGUAUUCCAUCAUUUGAGAAUUACUAUCUUGUUGUCCCAAGACAGGGUGGCCAUGGUCAACCGCAGAAUCUUGGAAACAACUUUUCUAUGUGGAUGCUGCUUGAAAGAGUCAGGUUUACGCUGGAUGGUCUUGAAUGUGAUAAAAUUGGUGUUGGCUACGGGGCUUUCAAUGGACAACCAGAUUUUUGUUCCUCACCAUAUUGGAGUUGCCUUCAUAAUCAGCUCUGGAACUUUUGGGAUGCCGACCAGAACAGAAUUAGUAGAAAUCAGGUGCCACUUUAUUCUGUGCAAGGAAGGUUUGAACGGAUAAACCAGCAUCCAAAUGCAGGUGGUCAGGCGUUAUCCAUAGGAAUCACUGAGGUUCUGAAUACUAACCUCUUGAUUGAAUUGAGUGCUGACGAUAUAGAAUAUGUCUACCAGAGGAGUCCGGGGAAAAUAUUAAACAUUGCUGUACCAACUUUUGAAGCCCUGACUCAAUUUGGGACAGCAACAAUCACAACAAAAAACAUUGGUGAAGUAGAAGCAUCCUACAGCCUAACGUUUGAUUGCUCAACAGGUGUCAGCAAAAUGGAGGAACAAUUUUACAUAAUGAAGCCAAAUGAAAUAGUGACAAGAUCGUUCAAACUUUACCCAACAUCUGAUCAAGCAUCAAGAUAUGUCUGUGCAGCCAUACUAAAGGACUCAGGUUUUAGUGAAGUUGAUCGAGCUGAGUGCCAAUUCACAACAACAUCUACUGUUGUUGAUAAUGGCUCCCAGAUUCCAUUCCAACCUCCGAAGACGAGUAUAAAUGGUUUCUUUGAAUCUGUCGAGGAGCUUUGGAACAAAUUGUGGGAUGGUCUAAAAGAUUUUAUCACUGGAAAAAGUUGCAGAAACAAAUGCUCUGGUUUUUUUGACUUUGGAUGUCAUGUACAAUACAUCUGUAUGAGCUGGGUGGUGUUGUUUGGUCUUCUAUUGGCAUUAUUUCCAACAGUUGUAGUGCUCUUUUGGCUUUUACAUCAUAAAGGGCUAUUUGAUCCUUUGUAUGACUGGUUAGAAGACCAUCUUUGGACUCCAGAAAGAAGAAGAGGUGGCAAGUGGAAGCGUGGUGAUACUCCUAACUCGUCAAAACUGCACUUGAGAAAGAAGCAUGAAGAAGGGUUUGACAGACAUCAUCCACAUAAAAGGCGGAGCAGUACUCACAGUCUUCACAGGCACAAUCAUUUAAUGGGAGAUAUCGAUUACCAUUAUCAUCUUCACCAUGUUCAUAAAGACAGGCACAGCAAACAUGGAAAAACAAAGAGUUCAGGCACCUCAUCCCAAGGUCAUUUUGGUAGAGUGAAGAAUGACAAGUUUGGUCACCGCAGACGAGCAAAAGAAAUUGAAAUGAUUGAAGGAAUUACUAAAGGCAAGAGGUACCAUGAUGGAAACAGAGAAAAGUUGAAGCAUACAAGUGUCCCCUUGGAUGAUAUGUAUUAUAAUGUUCAUGGCAAGUGGAAAGACUGA